UUUGAUGAGCAUAAGAGACUUCUUUAAAAAACAUUACAAGUCUUACUGAUCCCAAACUUUUGACCGGCAGUGUAUAUUAGGGAGGUCCCUCAGUAGUGUGCGUGUCUCCUGAAGCCGUUCUCGGCGGAGACCCCGUGACUCUGCGCGUCCUGACGGGCGUUCGAGCGGCUCCUCCACGCGCUCUGGACCGGCUGCUGAUGUCCAGGAGUCAGAUCUCAGCGCGGCUGUCAGAGAUGGACGCUCAGCUGCUCAGACUGCAGAGCAUCGCCGAUCACAUCGACCAAGAGUUUGCCAACACCAGACUGCUGGUGAACACUAUCGAGACGCUGAGUCCUUCAGCGAUGGAGAAGAAACCUCAGUCCAGCUCUCUCAGAGUCAUACAAGAAGUGAGGAGUUACUGUCCUUCACCGCAUCGGUUUGGAGCCACGGCCGACCCAGAGAGACAAGAUGAGCAGGUUUUGUCUUCUUCUGUAUUGACCCGAAGUUCAGUCCAUCACGAGCGCUUUCCUCCCACAGUGAAACUGGAGCAGCGUGAGCAAGAUACUGAUCCUGAUUUGACGGAGUGUUUGCUUGAGAAUCCUGUGAAGCCGGCGGAGGAGACUCUCGGGGUCAGCGGCCUCAGUGACGUGAAGGACAUAUUGUGUGAGUUAAUCAGGGACGGCGCUUUAUCCCGAUCAGCGCUGGAUCUGUCUCGCUCAGGAACGCUUCAUCUGAGCAGGUCAGAGGUCAAGCCGAGCGGAGCCAUGAUGGAGGAGGAGCGCAGGGAUGUGAGGAUGUGGAUGAGGAGGAAACAGAGAGAACGACUGACGGAGUACAGAAAACAGAGAGAAGAGAAGAGAGAGAAAGAGCACAGACCCUUCAUCUCUCCAGUUAAACACCAGAAUCCAACCUCCGUAGAUCUGGCAACCAGCAAGAAAACCAAAGAAGAGCGAGACAGGCUGCUUCUUCAGGAGCAUCAUGAACAGAGAGCGCGUGACGCCUGCGGUCUGAUCGCUGAGCUGCUCACCACACCGAUCAACCUUCCCACAAACCCACAGCACAGCCUCAGGAGCACAAAUAAGAGGAUUCCCAGGAGUCCGAGCGGAGCACAGGCUUCUCUGGGAAAGACCGUCGUGCUUCAGAGGAAAGCUGCAGCGAAAACACGCGGCUCUUUGAGCGGCAGACUCGGCCUGCACAGACCAGCCAGCGCUCUUCCGGCCGAUCGGUUAUCGCAGGUUACUCGCCGCGGGAUGCUGUCCGACCCGAAGACCCUUCAUCAGAUGAAAGAGAAAGAUCGGACGCAUGAGAGAGACGCGCCGAGUCUGUGGAGUCCAGAUGAAGAGGAGCAGGACAUCAGACCGGGCUGUGAGAAGCUGGACGAGGAGUGGACCGAUGCGGAUCUCCUGCGUGGUCUGGAUCUGGACGCUGUUUCUCAAAGCUCCGGCAGUGUCCUGAGCAAACUGGACUGGGCCGCCAUCGAGAGGCUCGUGGCCGAGCAGCAGUGA